AUGGCAGUGCAGGUGGUCUUCUAUGCUUAUGGAAUCCUGAGUGGCCAGAGGAUUUUAUGGGAAUCAUUGUCCAAAUUGAGAGUAGCAUUUUCAAGGUCUUGGUGCAUUGGGGGUGACUGCAAUGAGAUAAGGUUUAUGAGUGAGAGGAAAUGGUGCAUAAGAAGAGAUAGGGGGAUGAAGGACUUCAAUGGCUUUAUUGACACUAUAGAGUUGAUGGACUUGCCAAUGCUUGGAAGAUCAUUUACAUGGUGUAAUGAUGUGGAGGGUGAGAGAUGGAGCAGGUUAAAUAGAUUUCUUCUGGACGUUGGCUGGCUUGAGAAAUUCUCCUUUAAACAAUGGGGAUUAAAUAGAAGUAUUUCUGAUCAUUGUCCAGUCAUCAUUAUGACUGAUGAGAGGGACUGGGGCCCAAAACCAUUCAGGUGUAUUAAUGCUUGGAGCUUACAUCCUAAUUUUGUGGUUGCAGUUAAGACUGCAUGGGACAAUUGUCAGGUAAGUGGGUGGGCUAGUUAUAGGAUUAUGAAAAAGUUAGGGCAUUUGCGAGGUCAAUUACGAAUAUGGAAUAGUGAAGUGUUUGGAAAUGUGGAUGAAAAUAGGAAAAAAGAUGAGGAUGAACUGCAUGAGUGGGACCUAAAGGCUGAGUCUAGAGAUUUGCAAGAGUUUGAGAAAAGUCGUAGAAGAGAGGUGCUAAGUUCAGUUUGGGACCUGAAGAGAAAAAAAGAGAACAUGUGGCAGCAAAAAUCCAGGUUACUUUGGGCUGAAAAUGGUGAUAAGAAUUCAAGGUUUUUUCACAUGAUGUCUAGCAGAAGACAGAGGAAAAAUUUACUUAAUUCUGUGGCAGUGAAUGGAUCUUUGGUGGUUCAGCCAAACUUGGUUAAGCAGGCAGUGGUGGAUUUUUUUCGAGAAGUUGUUUUCAGAGAGGAAGAAAUUUGGGUUGCUGUGAAAGAAUGUGAUGAGAAUAAGGCUCUUGGGCCGGACGGGUUCAAUCUAGCUUGUUUCUAA